AUCACUCUCCGAGGGGCCACCUCUGCGGAAACCACGCUGCGCUUCGGAACUUCAUUCGCGUGGACUUACACAGCGGAGACUCACGCGCGCCUUGGCGUGACAGCAUGACGCAUUUGUGCGACUUUUGAAGCAGAAAACCGUCCAGUCAGCCGCAGAGCUUCAAGACGGUCGAGUGUCCUCUCCAUGCCGCUCCCUGGACAGAGAAUGGGAUGCAGAGGCGCGUUGGGAUGCUGUCUGUUCGUGGCGCUGUGCUUUUGCCUCCUGCCCGGCUGCAGAAGUAACAUCACCGCGGCGGUCAUGCUUCCGGACAACUAUCACAAGUACCCGUGGGCUCUGCCGCGCGUGUUCCCGGCCCUGCUCAUGGCGCAGGAGGAUCUGCACACCAAACACAAGCUGCUGCUCGGGCACACCAUCACCAUUCUCAACUACAGCACGGAGAACCCCGCCGCGCCAGGCUCGUGCGCAGAGAGCCGAGCGCAGGUGGUGGUCGUGGACGCCAAACUUUACAGCCGCCCAGAUGUUUUCUUCGGACCCGGGUGCGUGUACCCGCUGGCCUCCGUGGGGCGCUUCGUGUCUCACUGGAAGCUCCCGCUGAUCACAGCCGGAGGACCCGCUUACGGCUUCGAGAAGCUGGAUGAGUACAAGACAAUAGUGCGCAUCGGGCCGUCCACCACUAAGCUGGGGGCCUUCGUCAACGUGCUGCACACGCAGUUCAACUGGACGUCCCGGGCCGUAGUCAUCUUCUACGACCUGAAACAGGACGACCGGCCGCACUACUUUCUCUCUGAGGGAAUUUUCAUGAACCUGAAGGACGAAAUGAACAUGACCGUGUCGGCGCGGCCGUACACGAACGAACAGGACUACAAGGAGCUGGUUUCUUUCAUUAAGGAGAACGGAAGAAUCAUAUACAUCUGUGGGCCUCUGGAAACGUUCCUGAGCAUCAUGAAGCUGUUCCAAAGUGAGAUCCAGGACCCAGAGAGCUACGCCAUCUUCUAUCUGGAUGUGUUUGCGGAGAGCUUGACUCACCGUAAGCCCUGGCAGAACGCUAAAUUUGACUGGACCAAUCCCAUCCAGGUCUUCAAGUCUGUUUUCGUCAUAACGUACCAUCCUCCGGAUAAUCCGGAAUACAAGGACUUCCAAAGGAAGCUCCAUGCCAGAGCUCAGAGGGAUUUCGGAGUUAAUUUGGAGCCAUCGCUGAUGGACUACAUCGCUGGCAGCUUUUAUGAUGGCUUUGUGCUGUAUGCAAUGGCUUUGGAUGAGACUCUUGCAGAAGGCGGAGCCCAGAACAACGGCAUCAACAUAACAAGGAGGACACAGAACCGCAGCUUCUGGGGAGUGACAGGACUUGUUUCCAUUGAUAAAAGGAAUGCCAGAAAUAUAGAUGUCGACCUGUGGGCCAUGACCAACCAGGAGACAGGAGAGUACGGGGUUGUUUCAUACUACAAUGGCAGCACCAAAGAGAUCGUUUGGUCCCAGACAGAGAAGAUCCACUGGCCCAGUUGUGGACCGCCACUGGAUAACCCUCCUUGUGUCUUCUCCACGGAUGACCCCUCCUGUAACGAUGGUCUCCCAGUUCUGGGAAUUGUUGCAGUGGGUUCUGGGCUGGCGCUCAUCAUUUUUGGAAUCUCCAGCUUCCUUAUCUACAGGAAACUGAAGCUGGAGAAGGAGCUGGCUGGAAUGCUGUGGAGAGUUCAGUGGGAAGACCUUCAGUUCGAGAGCCCCAACAAAUACCACAAACGAGCAGGCAGCCGCCUGACUCUCUCACAGAGAGGCUCCAGCUACGGCUCCUUGAUAACUGCCCAGGGAAAAUAUCAACUGUUUGCAAAAACCGGCUAUUUUAAGGGAAACCUGGUGGCCAUCAAGCACGUCAACAAGAAGAGGAUAGAGCUGACGAGACAGGUCCUGAUGGAGCUGAAGCAUAUGAGGGACGUUCAGUUCAACCAUCUAACCAGGUUCAUCGGGGCCUGCAUCGACCCCCCCAACAUUUGCAUCGUGACAGAGUACUGUCCCAGAGGCAGCCUGCAGGACAUUCUGGAGAACGAGAGCAUCAACCUGGACUGGAUGUUCCGCUACUCGCUGAUCAACGACAUCGUGAAGGGCAUGAACUUUCUCCACAACAGCUACUUUGGCUGCCAUGGAAACCUGAAGUCCUCCAACUGCGUGGUGGACAGUCGCUUCGUUUUGAAGAUCACAGAUUACGGCUUGGCCAGCUUCCGCUCGUCCUGCGAGAACGAUGACUCCCACGCGCUCUACGCCAAGAAACUGUGGACGGCUCCGGAGCUGCUCAUUUAUGACCACCAUCCUCCCCAGGGCACUCAGAAGGGCGAUGUGUACAGUUUCGGCAUCAUCCUGCAGGAGAUAGCUCUGAGAAAUGGACCGUUCUAUGUGGAAAGCAUGGAUCUCAGCCCCAAAGAGAUCGUGCAGAAAGUGAGGAACGGGCAGCGGCCGUACUUUCGCCCGACCACAGACAGCAGGUUUCACUCGGAGGAGCUGACCAUUUUGAUGGAGGGCUGCUGGGCUGAAGACCCUGCAGAGAGGCCGGACUUUGGCCACAUCAAGAUCUACAUGGCCAAACUCAACAAGGAGGGCAGCACCAGUAUCCUCAACAACCUGCUGUCCAGGAUGGAGCAGUAUGCCAACAACCUGGAGAACCUGGUGGAGGAGCGCACGCAGGCGUACCUGGAGGAGAAGCGGAAGGCAGAAAACCUGCUCUAUCAGAUUCUGCCUCACUCCGUAGCAGAGCAGCUGAAAAGAGGGGAGACGGUGCAGGCCGAGGCGUUUGACAGCGUCACCAUUUACUUCAGCGACAUUGUGGGCUUCACAUCCAUGUCUGCAGAGAGCACGCCACUGCAGGUCGUUACGCUGCUCAACGAUCUGUACACGUGCUUUGAUGCCAUCAUCGAUAAUUUUGAUGUUUAUAAGGUGGAGACCAUUGGCGAUGCCUACAUGGUUGUGUCAGGGCUGCCGGUGCGAAACGGCAAACUUCACGCUAGAGAGAUCGCCAGUAUGUCGCUGGCUUUGUUGGAGCAGGUCAAAACCUUCAAGAUCCGCCACAGACCCAACGACCAGCUGAGGCUCAGGAUUGGUAUCCACACAGGUCCAGUGUGCGCCGGUGUGGUUGGUCUGAAAAUGCCAAGAUAUUGUCUGUUCGGAGAUACUGUCAACACCGCCUCCCGCAUGGAGUCAAACGGAGAAGCCUUAAAGAUCCACGUAUCUUCAGCCACCAAAGAAGUGCUGGAUGAGUUUUGUUACUUUAACCUUGAGUUACGAGGGGACGUAGAAAUGAAGGGCAAAGGUAAAAUGAGAACAUAUUGGCUUCUUGGGGAGAAGACCGAUGUGUACGUUAUCUGAGCCGCCCGCUCUUUCGGCCGAGCCGUGACUUUAUUUGUUCUAGAAUAAGUCCAUAACAGUGACUUCCCCGCAAAGGCCAAUAGGAGCCUUCGACAAAAGCUGAGGGAGCUCCAGGUAUAUUUAUUACCUGCUGGCUGUCACUGAAAGACAUGACUAUUAAGGAUGAGUGCUUUUAUAUGAAGAUUUUGAUGUGGUAAAAGUGUCUGUUUUUCAUGGAGAAAAUCCUAUUUUUGUGCUUUCUACGUUAAAAUUUGUAUAAUGUGUUUGAAAGUUGAUGAUUUAGUAGUAUUUCCUUGAAAGAUCCGUUAAAGAUUGAUGGCAUAGAAAUGAAAUCACUGUCACUGCAGCGGUUCAUUGUGUAACUUGAGCAAAGCACUCUCUAUAUAUACAAUACACACACACACACGAAUAUAUAUUUAUAUAUACAUGUAUAUGUAUAUCCCACUGUAAAAUAUUUUGUUGAAUAAACGGAGUUAAACACUCCUUUUACAUUU